UUGGUUGUCAUGACAACAGUGACGGAAUGGCAGCCUGCUGCAUCAUCGCACCAUCUCCACAAGAUGCUAUGGUGAGAUGCUCUGGGAGAAGCUUACCAAAGGAGAUGCACGUCAAAAAUACCGUUUCCCUUUCACCUCGAUUUUCAGCAUGCUUCACACCCACAAAUAGAAGUGAAGGAAGGAAAUGGUACCUGUAGGUUUUCACAAAAGGAACCUUUGCAGUGCUGGAGCCUGAGGACAAAAGGGCAAUAGGGGAAUUUAUGGUUCUGGAGAUUCACCAAGUCAGAGGUUGUUAACAAUUGUGAGUGCUCUGCUUACUGACAAGGAUUUUAACCUCUGAGAAAAAGAAAUAGAUUUCAUCACUGUUCUGUUAAUAAUGUAUGUGGAUUAAAACAAGCGACUGUUGAUGAGUGAAAUAGCUGACAAGAAGGCAGGCAGACUGGAAGGGGGCAGCUGCCAAUGCGCCAAGGAGGGCCAGUGGCUCAGCUGGAAGCAUGGAGGAAAGGAGUAAUGAGAAGAUGAACCAGGCCCAUGUCCUCUUUGACCGAUUUGUCCAGGCCUCGACCUGCAAAGGGACUCUCAAAGCCUUCCAGGAGCUCUGCGAUUUUCUAGAGCUGAAGCCCAAAGACUAUCGUACUUUCUACCACAAGCUCAAGUCCAAGCUUAAUUACUGGAAAGCCAAAGCCCUUUGGGCCAAGUUGGAUAAGAGAGGCUGCCACAAGGACUACAAGAAGGGGAAAGUAUGCGCCAACACGAAGUGUCUCAUCAUUGGGGCUGGACCCUGCGGCCUUCGAACAGCCAUUGACCUAUCCUUUCUAGGAGCAAAGGUGGUGGUGAUAGAAAAGCGUGAUGCCUUCUCCCGCAACAAUGUUCUGCAUCUGUGGCCAUUUACCAUACAUGACUUGCGGGGCCUUGGCGCCAAAAAAUUCUAUGGCAAAUUCUGUGCAGGAGCCAUCGACCAUAUCAGUAUUCGUCAGCUCCAGCUGAUACUCUUGAAAGUCUCCUUAAUCCUGGGUGUAGAGAUCCAUGUCAAUGUGGAAUUCCAGGGGCUGCUGUAUCCUCCUGAGGACCAGGAGAAUGAGAGAAUAGGUUGGCGUGCACAAGUUCACCCGAAAACGCAUCCUGUGUCGGAAUACGAGUUUGAUGUGAUCAUUGGAGGAGAUGGAAGGAGGAACACAUUGGAAGGGUUUCGACGAAAAGAAUUCCGUGGCAAGCUGGCAAUUGCCAUUACGGCAAACUUCAUCAACCGCAAUACAACAGCGGAAGCCAAAGUUGAAGAGAUAAGUGGUGUGGCCUUUAUAUUCAACCAGAAAUUCUUCCAGGAUCUACGAGAAGCUACAGGCAUUGAUCUGGAGAACAUUGUCUACUACAAAGAUGACACCCACUACUUUGUUAUGACUGCCAAAAAGCAGAGCUUACUGGAAAAAGGAGUGAUAUUGCAUGACUAUGCAGAUACAGAGCUCCUUCUUUCACGGGAGAAUGUGGAUCAGGAAGCCUUGCUCAAUUACGCCAGGGAAGCAGCUGACUUCUCAACCAAUCAGCAACUGCCAUCGCUGGACUUCGCUAUCAACCACUAUGGGCAGCCCGAUGUGGCCAUGUUUGACUUCACAUGCAUGUAUGCCUCAGAGAACGCAGCCAUGGUUCGAGAAGUAAAUGGCCACCAGUUGCUAGUGGCAUUGGUUGGGGACAGUCUAUUAGAGCCAUUCUGGCCAAUGGGAACUGGAAUUGCCAGGGGCUUCCUUGCCGCCAUGGAUUCUGCCUGGAUGGUACGAAGCUGGUCUCUGGGAACAAGUCCUUUGGAGGUUCUGGCAGAGAGGGAGAGCAUCUAUAGAUUAUUGCCUCAGACCACCCCUGAGAAUGUGAGCAAAAACUUUAGCCAGUACUGCAUUGACCCUGUCACACGGUAUCCAAACAUCAAUGUCAACUUCCUGCGACCAGCCCAGGUACGUCAUUUGUAUGAUACAGGAGACUUGAAAGACAUUCACCUGGAAAUAGAGAAUUUGGUGAACUCCAGGACACCAAAGUUGUCGCGGAAUGAGUCGGUGGCUCGCUCUAGCAAACUCCUGGGCUGGUGUCAGAGGCAGACGGAUGGAUAUGCCGGUGUAAACGUAACAGAUCUUACAAUGUCUUGGAAGAGCGGCCUAGCGCUGUGUGCCAUUAUCCACCGAUAUCGCCCUGACCUCAUAGACUUUGACUCUCUAGAUGAACACAAUGUAGAGAAGAAUAACCAGCUGGCAUUUGACGUUGCUGAGAAAGAGUUUGGGAUCUCUCCCAUCAUGACUGGCAAAGAUAUGGCAUCAGUUGGUGAACCAGACAAGCUGUCCAUGGUCAUGUAUCUCACCCAGUUCUACGAAAUGUUCAAGGACUCCCUUCCUUCUGGUGAUAACCUGGAACUGAAUGCAGAAGAAAAAGCUGCAUUAAUUGCUACUGCUAAAUCUCCAAUCUCCUUCUUCAGUAAAUUGGGGCAGAGCAUCUCUCGGAAACGGACACCAAAGGAUAAAAAGGAGAAGGACCUGGAUGGUGCAGGAAAGAGGAGGAAGACAAGCCAGUCAGAAGAUGAGGACUCUUCCCGAAGCUACCGAGAAGAGAGGCCCACUCUGGUGAGCGCCCUGACAGAGAGGAGAAUUGAUGCCGCCAUUGGGAAUCAGAAUAAAGUGAAGUCCAUGGCAACACAGCUGCUGGCCAAAUUUGAGGAGAAUGCCCCCGCACAGUCCACAGGCAUCCGGAGACAGUCUGCCCAGCCUUAUCAAGACCGUGCUCUCACCCAGCCAGCCUACCGACAGCGAGAGCAGGGCCGCUUUGCCCCCAUGCCUCAGUGGAAACAGAUGAGGAAAAAGGAGCGUUCUCGGACCUGCCCCAAAAAAGUGAUCAUGCUCUCUUCUUCCUCCAUUUACACUUCCUCUCCAUCGUACCCCAGUCAGCAGGCAAACAGGGAACCUCAUGGAGAACCAGCUGGAGAGCAGAGUCCCAGACAGCAGCGGAGACCUCACCAGUUCUUUUCAGAUGACCGUGUGCCAGAGCGCACGCUUACCAUUGAGCAGAGGGCAAGCCAGCUGGCUGCCCUCCUGGAGCAAAGGCCCGCAACCAGGCAUCAGCCAGAGAUUGAGCGAUCUCGUCGAUCUGUUGUUGAGCAGUGGGAGCUCUCCCGCAACCUCCGCUCUUCCAGUCGCCCUUCUUCUCCCUCUUCUGACUCCCUCAGACAGAAGUAUAUAAAGAUGUAUACAGGUGGCGUGAGCUCAUUGGCUGAGCAAAUAGCCAAUCAGCUUCAAAGGAAAGACCAACCCAAAACCCUUCUAGACAAGAAGGAACUGGGUUCCUUGAAAAAAGAAUUCCCUCCGAAUGUGGGAGGCAGUGAUGUCUGCUACUUCUGCCACAAGCGUGUCUACGUGAUGGAAAGACUGAGCGCUGAAGGCAAAUUCUUCCACCGCAGCUGCUUCAAAUGCGAAUACUGUGCUACAACCCUGCGCUUGUCCUCUUAUGCCUAUGACCUGGUGGAUGGAAAAUUCUACUGCAAGCCUCACUACUGUUACAGACUUUCAGGUUAUGCACAGAGGAAGAGACCGGCAGUGGGCCCUCUGUCAGGAAAGGACAGCAAAGGGACCCAGCAGGACAACAUGGCGGCUGACGGUGCAGGACGUGCAAACUCCAUCUCAACUUCGUCAGAGAGGACUCCAGUUCCCAGUGUAAAUGGCGUAGAGGAACCCAGCAUUGCAAAGAGACUGCGUGGCACACCAGAGCGGAUUGAACUGGAGAAUUACCGUCUCUCGGUACAACGGGAAGAGGAGUUGGAAGAAGUCCCUGAGGAGACCUUGGCAGAGCACAACCUGAGCAGCGUGCUAGACAAAGGAACAGAAGAGGAUGUACCCAGCAGUAGUUCAGAAUCUGAGAUGGAAGAAGAAGAGGAGGAGGAGGAAGAACAGCCACAGCAGCCCACUUCUGACCUGGGUGGUGUGCCUUGGAAAGAGGCUGUGCGGAUACAUGCCAUGCUGAAGGGCAAGAGUGAGGAAGAGCUGGACACAGAGAAAAAUCAUGACAAUGAACCAGAGGAGGAAGAGGAAGAAGAGGAGGAGGAGGAGGGGGAAGAAGAGGAAGAAGUCUCUAGUGAAGAGGGAGAGUAUUACCCUUGGGAGAGAGAACUUCAGCAAGGCCUCUGGCUUCAACGUCUCUCAAAUGAAGAGGACACGGGUACAUUUAAAGCUGGAAACCUGAGGCUGCAGCAGAUAGUAAAUCCGAUUGAUCCACUGGAGAUCUUGGCAGAUGUGCAUUGGACACACAUCCGUCAGAAAGAGGAGGAGGAAAAACUGGGCCCUACUUCUAAGUCCUCCACCUCCAGAGCAUCGGACCUUCCCUCCAUACGCCACGAGGCAGUGCAGGCGUGGCUGGAAGCAGUCCCAGGAGCCCUAUGUGAGGAGAACGACUAUGAAGAUGAGGCAGGCACCGAGCCUGCAGAAGCUAUUGAAGAUGGGGACACAGGUGCAGAGUUGGAUGAUGAUGACAUCCCAUCUGAUGCAGAAGCAGAGUGCCGCUUGCAUCAAGAAGAGGCAGAAGAACUGGAGCUGAAAGUCUCUGAAAAAGAAGAAGCAGAAGAAGAAGAGACAGCUGCCCCUUCUGUUGAGACAGAAGACCCUUGCAAGCUCUGUCUGCCUGAUCAGUCACCGUGUGAGAGGACUGCUCUGCCUACUCCAGCUGAAAACCACAAGGAAGAAGAAAAAGAAGACUCAAAGGAGCUUCUUGCAACAGCGCCCUGCAAAGAUGAAUCCCCCGAUGUACGGUUUUUCCCUGAACCGUUCCUCCCAGGAGAGGAGGCGCAAGUCAAGAUCUGUGAUGACCAAAAAGUCCAAAGCCCACCUGUACCACUCUCUCCAAUACGGUCCCAGCCAGUUGCAAUGCCUGAGACCAUCACACCAACAUCACCUGUGAAAUCGCAGCCAGCAACUCCUGCAGCACCUGCAUCUCCACCUGCCACCCCCUUGCCUAUUUGUUCACAGCCUUUACCCUCUGGUGAAGCAUCCAUUCAAUCUCCAGGGGAACCUGUGUGUUUCCAACCAGUCCCAGCCUUAACCUCCACUCCUUUGGCCAAGCUUGCCCUAAAAAAUCAAGAUGGAGAGAUGGAAAAAUUGGGGAGCCCUACCACAGCAGAAGAAGCUUUGAAAAGGAAUAAUCUUGUGGAGGAGUUCUGGAUGAAGAGUGCUGAAAUCCGGAGGAGUUUGGGUCUCACCCCUGUGAACAGAAGCAGGGGACCAGAGCCAAGCUUUACCAUUUCCCCCCUUGAGUCUGCCCCCCUGAAAACAUACACCCCUGAGCGUAUUUCAGAAGAGAAGGGGAUCCACAUUGUAAAACCUCAGUCAGCCCCAAAGAAGCCAGUCACAGCGAAGCUAGACAGUGAGCAGUUUUCUUUGCUGACUCCAAAAUCCCCAUCAGAGAGAGAGCUGAAAAAUUUGAGUGAUGUUAAGAGAGAGCUGUCCAGCAGUUCUGGACUGGGUCUUCAGGGCAGUUCAUCAAACAUGAGAACAUUGGCCAGCCAGAGUUUCAACACUUCUGAUUCCACCAUGCUCACUCCUCCAUCCAGCCCUCCGCCUCCACCACCUCAAAACGAAGAGCCAGCAACACUGCGGAGAAAAAGGCACCAGGCAACUUGGCAGAACGAGGCUGAGUCUAAGCCGGCUUCUAUGCAAACACCUCACCCGCCACCGGCAGCGAAUGAAAGGAUCCGGCCGGCCAGGGAGCCAUCCCAGCCCUCCAGAGAGGAGGUACGGAAAUCAUUUGUGGAGAGUGUGGAUGAGAUACCAUUUGCCGAUGACGUGGAGGACACUUACGAUGAGAGGACUGAGGAUUCGAGCAUCCAUGAAAAAUAUUACACGCCCCCCAGUAGACCGAGGCCAGAGAAGUCUCUUCACCUACAUUUUGUUAAAGAGAAUGGUGGGCCACCAUCAAUGGAAGGGGGGAGCCAGCAAAUGAGAGGCCUCCCUCAAGUCUCUGCAGAAGCGAAGGAGCUAGCAGAGGAAAGAAUGAGAGCCAGAGAGAAGUCCAUCAAGAGCCAGGCCUUACGCGAUGCCAUGGCUAAGCAGCUAUGCAAGAUGAAAGAGCUGGAGAUGGCCAAUGCUGCUGGUGCUGCCAAGUUGCACAAGGCAUCUACCAUGCCUUCGAAGACCAAAGAGCUGUAUUUUGAAUCCCAGAAGCAUUUGGGUAUGAAAGCUGGCGAAGGCCCCACGCUGAAACACGAGGCUAGUAGUGACAGGUUCUUUUCACCCUUUGCAGACACCAGUGGGCGUGAUGGGUCAGUCACAUCCUCAGAAGGCUCUGGAGGGAAGAGUAAGAAAAGGACUUCUCUCUUCUCCCCCCGCAAGAACAAAAAGGAGAAGAAGUCCAAGAAUGACAGCAAGCUCUCUGACAAAUCCAGCAGUGCGGCUGAGGAAGCCACGAAGCCCAAAUCACUGUGGAAGUCUGUGUUCUCUGGCUAUAAGAAAGACAAGAAGAAAAAGACAGAUGACAAAUCCUGCCCUAGUACACCUUCCAGUGGGGCCACAGUGGAUUCUGGGAAGCAUAAGGCGUCUCCAAUAGUUAGAGCAGCAGAUUUGCAACUACGUCGACACUUAAGCUUCUCUGAGGACUCUGACCUCUCCAACGAUGACGUCUUAGAGCGCUCUUCACAGAGAUCCAAGCGAGAGUCGAUUUACGUCCCACACGCCUUGGCAUUCAAGAGAUCAUACGCAUCAAAGAAAGCAUACACGGAGGAUGAGCUCAACGCCAAACUGACCAGGCGGGUGCAGAAAGCUGCUCGCCGUCAAGCCAAGCAGGAGGAGCUGAAGAGGUUACACAGGGCUCAGAUUAUCCAACGACAGCUGGAGCAAGUAGAAGAGAAGCAAAGGCAGCUGGAGGAGAGGGGAGUCGCUGUUGAGAAGGCUCUUAGGGGAGAAGCAGACUAUUGGGGAGAGUCUUAUUACAGUGACCUCAUCGACUUGCACCUGGGUGUUGAGCCCAAUGCCGGGACACCACGCCGUAGACCUCUCUCCUUCUGCCCUUGCUGUGCCCAUGAAGAAACCCUCUAUAACAACCUUGUUAUGAAGUGUGUCUGGCAGGAUCGUAAAGGCAUGGGGAAGAAGGACGACCCCAAGCUGAUGCAGGAGUGGUUCAAGCUGGUGCAAGAGAAGAAUGCCUUAGUGCGCUAUGAGUCGGAGCUCAUGAUAUUCGCUCGGGAGUUGGAGCUGGAGGACAGGCAAAGCCGACUACAGCAAGAACUUCGGGAGAGGAUGGCAGUGGAAGAUCACCUAAAGACAGAUGAAGAGUUGUCAGAAGAGAAAAGGAUCCUGAAUGAAAUGCUAGAGGUGGUGGAACAGAGAGAUUCUCUUGUGGCCCUCCUCGAAGAGCAGCGACUCCGGGAGAAGGAAGAAGACAAGGACCUAGAGGCAGUCAUGCUGUCCAAGGGAUUCAACUUAAACUGGUCCUGAGCUUAGCAGCGCACUCGUCUGCCGAUCUGCGUUGUCCAGUUGGCAUGUGCCAAGUUGGCUGGAGCUGCCUGGAUGGAGGAGAUACCUUGGCAUAGAAACCUCUUGAGGGUUCUUGCAGCGCCUGAGUGCUUCUUCCUGAGAGGGGGUUGGAUCAAAAAGUGCUGAGGCCUGUAUGAGGCCUGCAAACCCCAAGCCUGAGGUGGUCAGCUGAGGUUGUGUGCCUUCCUCAAGGACCUGUGCAAAGAGGCCAUUGAGUUUUUGCGAUCUCUGAGAGAGGCUAAAAAAUGAGAUGAAAACAUUUUAUUAAAAAAAAAAAUACACCACAACUUUAACCAAUUCAGGUGGGCCGUAGCUUGUCCGUUUCAUAUUUACUUAGCUGGUUGUGUUCUUGUUUUUGUUUUGAAAUACAAAGGCGAGAAGUGGCUACUCUCUUCUGAAGCAUCACCCUGCAGCAGCCCACGGGAGAGCAAACCACUCUGUACCCCAGAGCACACUGUCUGUAUGUUUAAGGUUCUCCUCACCAAAGAAGCCUGAAGCUGCCAUUAUUGUCUGGGUAUGGAGGAACCCUGAAUUCAGAGAGGACUGGAGACUUGGAAGGCUGGCUGACAUGAAAUACUUGCCCUGUGUGGUUUCUACAGAAGAUACAGGCUCCAGGGGACUAGCUCUCUUUGCUGCAGCCUCCACAAGUUGCCAUUGUUCUAAGAGGGGAAGAGUGUGUAAUCCACCCCCUUUCUGCCAUGCAGUGCUCUGGACUGAAAGUCACAGUUUUUCCUGUCUCCAUUGACAGUAGACUCCUCUGUUGUGAACCUUGUGACAAUUUUGACACUGGAAAGUGCUGAUUUUGAAAAUGGGUUACUUAUGAAGCAGUUUGCAGGAGCUCUUGGAUGAAACCCCUUGCUUCGAAUCCCCCAAGAAUGGACUCUCAAUGGGUUUUUGUUUUUUGCGUAUAUAUCUAUAUAGAUAUAUAUAUCUUUAUUAUUUUUUGCACGUUGGAAAUGAAGCAAAAGACCUACCCGGGCCCUUUAGUCACUUUAGACCCUUUAAUGUCUAUUAACUUAUUUUUUAAUACUUGAAAGAUUUGGGUUUUAUACCUUUUUAAGAAGUGAGCAAAUGUUUGAGUGGUGAAUCUGUGUGCCUGCUGCAUUCCCCAACCUUUUUCUUUUGUUGUUCUUAUUUUUAAUUUGCUGUUCUCCCUUUCCCUGUACCUAUUUAUUAGAGUUCUAUUAAUGCUGUUACAGUUACACGCUACUUUUGAUGUGGAGAGGAGAUGCUUUUAUGUACUUUGGACUUUUCCCUGCACCACGUUGAGGGGCAACCCUAGGAAAUAUGCAGGCAGGGUUCCCAGGUAGGGUGUCUUCUCAAUUAAGCUGCAUCCUCACAAAGAGAGCUCACAAAGCUGAGCGGUGAUGGCAGACUUUGCUCCUGCACUCCAUAUCCUCUGUUCCUGAAUGGCAAACCUGUGCUUAUUUUAACUACUGCUGUUUAAGGUUUUUGUACUUAUAAUUGUGGCAUUGCCACUUUACCCCAUGUAUUUAAAAAAAACCCACACAUGCUGGCUCUGUAAAAAUCUGCCUCCCAAUGGAAGGAUUAGCACAAGCCCCACUGGUUUUGUCCUAGGCCUUCAUUCAGUUGGCUCAGAAAAAGGUCUUACAGUGCAGUAGCAAAUAGGAAAUAACACAGAAUAGACUCUUGUCUAUAACCAGCUGAGAGGUUCCAUAAGCACACCAUGUCUUUCACAAUAACUUUCUCAAAAGUGCCGACCUGCCACAUACAGAAUUUUCCAUUCGCAUUUUUUAGCUCCAGUUGGGCUUAGUUUAAAGAAAGAAAGCUGUAGUUCUAGUCUCCAAACAAAGUGCAGAUUAUUUUUUUAAUGAACUUUUUUUUAGGGAAGCAGUCGUCCCAAGAAAUAGGCAUGUCCUUUAAAGCAGCCACCAUCUUAUCUCUGGGUUUCAAAACAGGAAAUGCUGUGUUUUCAAAACAGGAAAGCUAGAGAGAGAAAAUGGGGAAAGGUUUUAAAACACCCAUCCACUUCCUUGUUUAAUAAAAUGUCAGUACUGAUGACGCUGAACAGAAAGCUGUUGAAACAACAGCAUGUGUUGAAAUGUAGUGUCAGAAGAUUUUGUGCCAAAGGGGUACCAUGCCUGGCAUUUGUUGAAUAUUAAGAUAUUGAAAGAUUGUGAUGCUACACUGGCAAAAUUGAUACCACAUAUAGUCCCAGAACAAGCAGGACUUGUGUGUUAAUGGUUCAUGAGACUUUGGGGGGAGGUGUUCACUAGGAAUGGUGUUUAUUUGUAGCUUUCAAAACAGAGGGGACUAAUCUCUGGCUUUCCUAAUAUUACUGGACUACAAUUCUCAUAAUCCCUGGCUACUGAGCAUGCUGGAUGGGGCUGAUGGGAGUCCAACGGGAGUAAAAGGUUAGCCACCCCUAAUUGAGGAAGAAAAAGAACAUAUAACUUCAGUUGUCUCAGACAUCUUUGACAUCCAUAGAGACCAACAGGGGAGUGUAUGGCAAAAUGGAAGUUAAGCUCCCCUUCGUUUAGGAUGGAGCUAGAAUUCAGUUGUUAAAAUUUGGUGUCUAGCCACAUGAAAGACUCAAAUCAGAAUUUGCAUUAUUUUGCUGUGCCUGGUGCAAUUUAUAAUGGAACUGAGAAAAUGGAUUGUUCUGUAAAGUGGUCAUAAUUUAACUCACUUCUAUCUGUUCUUUGAAUUUUUCACUGUAGGAAAACGUUGACACGCUAAGCUUCUUCCUAAGCUGCCUAUAGCUGCAUGUGGAAUGAGAGUAGAACAGUCUGUCUGAGAAAGUGGAAGGGAAAGUUCUUUCCAGCUCCAGUGCAGCUGUGUAGCUCUGCCUCUAGUUAGCCCAGACUUCUUUGGCGCAGCUAAGACUCCCUUGCAGAGAGAGGAGAGGGGUUUUAGAGCCCAUGACAGCACCAGCAGCAUUAAUCAUAUUUCCUCUUCCACUCUUAACAUUUCCUGUAAUAUGUUGUGUUGAUUGUGCUUGAUCCUGCUGUCAGUCAAGAGGUUUCUUUAAAUGCAGUGUCUGGUCCUCCUUUUAUGACACGGUGCUAAUGCAGAAGUAACAAGCACACCUGCUGCAUCCUCUGGGUUUUUAAUCUGUUUUUUAAAAUACAUCCAGGUCAAAGGCAUUUUAGAGCAUCGACAAAUAUAUCCAGAGUUGCAUGACCCAGUAGCACAAAUUCUUUUUAUGGCCAAAAAAAAAAAGUUGACACCCUCCCCGCAAGGUUUUAAGAAAAUGUAUUUAACAGAAUGUUUACAUUUGGGCCCUGAGACGAAAGUGGUGUAUUAGUUUUCCAACCUCAUGUUUAAAAAAGAAAAUGCUGUGAUUGUUUGCAAUAAAAAUGUACCACGAAACAGUCUGUUUGAUAUGAAGAGGUAGAGGAGGGUAUUUCUCUCUCGGUGCAUGAUAAGAGGACAGAAGGCUUCCAAAGAACUGCUGCCUUCAAGAGCACUAGCAGUGGCGCUUCAUAAGCAAGGAAGGUAGAUGAGAAUGUCACUAAAACUAUUGGAGGAAGGGAUGUCAUGUUUUGAUGGCAUUGCAGUAAUUUAAUUUUAUACAUACAUACAUAUAUAUAUAUAUAUAUAUAAAGAAGUAUGUAUGUGAAACAACCCUGUCCCAAGGAACUGUGGUAUCUUCCCCUUGGGACAGGUGGGAACUCUGAUAUUCAGACUGUUUUAUUGUUGGCGUGUGUGCAGUGUAACAGGAAAUUGUGUACCGUACCUGUUUUCAUGUCUAAAACAUCCCAACCCCUGUUCUACUUCCUAUUUUUGGUUGCAUUUCAUUCUGUACGUUCUUAUGCACACUUGCUUUGUUGGUGUUGAGAGUUUAGCACCUCAGGUCACCAACGUAACUAAAAAAAAAUAAAAAAAAAAUAAAUAAAGUCAUUAAUUUUUUCUUA